AUGAGUGAUUCCGGGCGAUCGGGGAGUUGUGAAAGUGAGAAAAAGUACGAGCUGGUGCCGCCCGAGGGUGGUUGGGGGUAUGCGAUCUGCGUUGGUCUCUCUGUGAUAUUUAUAGCCGGCACAGCUCAUCAGCCGGUUUUUGGAUUCAUAUACAAUGAUUUUUUGGAUGAUUUGGGCGUCGGUACUGGCGCAGUCACUGUUGUAUUUGGAGUUUUCCAAGUCACAUUGGCAAUUGCCGGUUUCUCAGCGAACAUCGCACUGAAGAAACUCUCACUCCGACAAGUUGGACUGAUUGGUGCAUUUAUAUACACAUUAGCUUCAUUUUUUGCCAUAUUCGUUGUAUCCACGACACAAUUAAUUUUAACAAAUGGGUUCCUACAAGGACUCGGUAUGGGCCUCCUUAUACCAGUAGCCUAUACUAGUUUCAACAGCUACUUUACAAGGAAAAAAGUGCUCUAUUUAAGUCUGUGUAAGGCGUCUAUUGGAAUGAUAACAAUGGUUUAUCCUUUGUUCAUGAAGAUUACUAUAACGGAGUAUGGGUUUAGGGGAACGCUAGCCAUAUUAUGUGCCAUAUCAGCUCACAGCAUAUUUGGGGCUUUGGUGAUGCAUCCUGUACGGUGGCAUAUGGUGAAACAGGCGAAGUCAUGCGAGAAAAUUGUAUUGAUUCCGCCGACACCCGCUGUCGGAAACGAGAAAGGAUUCGACUUCACAAAAAAUGUUAAUGACGCAAAACACGAUGCUAAGUCAGUGGAGAAUUUAUUCGUAAAACACGAGGAUGGCCACAAAGGAAGCCUUCUAUUCAUUCCCAAGCUGAGCUCGAGGCGAUUAAGCAUACCCGUCGUUUUGAUACCAGCUGAUGGAAAGUCGGAUAGCAAAUUCAGUUCCACCGAUAAUGAAUACAUAGAGAACUUGUAUAAAGCAGCAUCUGUGUCCAGUUUGGGGAAUUUCGGCAAUCUGGUUGAACCGAUGCCAAUCAUAAAGAACAAAGAGGGGAAAUGGCAAACGGUGGCAGAAUUCCUAGACUUAACUCUCCUUAAAGAUCUCGUAUUUGACAACAUUGUUUUCGGAAUGGCGCUCGCGUUUUUCGCUGAUCUCACAUUUUUUACUCUCGAACCGCUGUUUUUGGACAAAAAAGGCUUAUCAAAGGCGGAGAUAGCGAACAUAAUAGCUGUAGGGGGCGCCACCGAUAUGGUAGCGAGACUCCUGCUCGGUGUUUCUGGUCAGUUCUUCAGGAUGAACAGCCGGUAUAUGUUUUAUGCUGGCGCAUUGUUCUCAGCUCUAUUUAGACUAGUCCUAAUAAACUUCACAACAUACACCCCACUAUUAAUAGUGACGGGUAUUUUGGGUGCACUGAGGUCGUUAGUGCAUAUAGCUCAGCCAAUAGUCAUGGCGGAGCAUGUUCCUAUAGAGAGGUACCCCCCAGCAUAUGGCCUGUAUAUGCUCUUGGCUGGAGGGAUCAGUUUAAGUGUUGGACCUAUGAUAGGUUUCAUUCGCGACUACACAGGGAGCUAUUGUAUAGCAUUUGUUAUGUUGGCUGUAUGCAAUCUGUGCUGUGUUGUGCCAUGGACAAUAGAAGGUGUCAUAAGAGUAGGCCCCGACAGUGUAAUGUUCUAUUUAAACGGUAUAAUGCCAUCGCACACGAAGUUUAUCGUCACCAUAGUACGUUUAGUUAUCGAGGAGCAACCGACAGUGUCUAGCCGGUUACAAAAAUAUAAAAUGAAUUCUGAAAAUAAACGCGAUGGGACUGAAAAAUCGGACAGGGGCGAGUGGGGUUACGCUGUGUGUUUUGGUACUAUUAUUAUCUUUAUCGCUGGGAUGGGACACAUUAAUUCCUUCGGUCUCAUUUACAAAGAUUUUAUAUCAGAAACGAAAUCUACAGCCAAGUCGCUGACAACUGCUCAUGGCGUUUUUGCUAUAAUGAUAGCUGUGGGAGGACUGCUUCUGAACAUUCUCUCCAAACGAUAUUCAUUGAGGUUUGGUGGAUUUAUAGGUGUCUCUUUAUUUAUAGUCGGGUCCUCGUCGACUAUUUUCAUAUCAAACACAAACCAAUUAUCAUUAACAUUUGGAGUGUUACAAGGGACUGGAUUUGGUAUGAUGGUACCAGUUUGUUAUUCUACGUUGAACUAUUAUUUCGUCAGUAAAAGAACUGCAGUCAUGAGUUCAAUAAAGGCGUUGCAAGGGGUCUUUAUAAUGUGGUACCCACAGCUAUUGAAGAUAAUGCUGGCUUUUUAUGGGUUUAGAGGAACUCUUUUAAUACUGACUGGUAUAUCACUUCACACAAUACCAGGGAUGCUGACAAUGCAAACUAAUGCGGCUAAAGAUCAACAGAAUAAAAGUGAAGAAAUAGUUGCGAGUUUUAGAAGAAAAGCAAAGGACCAAGAUGUUGAGAAAUGCAAUAGAGCUGAAGAGAAUGUUGACUUGUUGACACAGGACGAAUAUCAAGUAAAGACAGUGAAAAGAAACUCUCAAAUACUCAAAGAGAUAUUGGAAAUAUUGAACGUGAAAGUACUGAAGGACAUUGUUUACUGCAACAUUUGUUUAGGACAGAGCUUUGUGAAUUUUUCCGAUUUGACGUUUUUUAUUUUCCAACCGAUGCUGUUGUUCCAAUAUGGCUUCGAUAGGAGUGGAGUAGCGACUUGCAUAUCAAUAGGUGCAGGUGCUGACGUUGCAGGAAGGUUCGGACUCGCUCUUAUCAGUGGAAUAUAUCCUGUCAACACCAGAUUAUUAUUCUACAUCGCUACUCUGCUUACUCUCAUUGCUAGAAUUGUACUUCUGCAAGUGACUACGUUCAUCUGGAUAUCAACACUAACAGGAAUACUUGGUGUUCUACGUGCUUUUUUACACGUCGCUAGUCCACUAGUGAUUGCCAACCAUGUCUCGCAUGCGGACUUCCCAGGUGCAUAUGCCCUGUUCAUGCUGACUGCUGGAACUAUUAACUUGGUUCUAUCACCGUUCAUUGGUGCACUGAAAGAUUAUUACGAGAGUUAUAUACCAGCGUUUGUAGCCCUUGUCGUGUGUUGUGUGCCGUGUUUAAUACUAUGGCCUUUGGAAUACUUAUUUUUAAAGAAAAGGGUUCUAACUUGA